UCGCGCGUGAACGGCAGCUAAUUAAAUACUCACUUCUCAAGCCUAGUCUUGACUACUAGUUUAGUUCCUAUUCCGUCUGGAUUGACCCUCAUCCGUGCACCCGAACUCUGACAUGUUCACGCCAGUAGACAUCCAGAGGCUCCAAAAUGUUAUACAAUGCUCUUGGAGUGAUGACACCCACGGAGUCUACGGAUCUGGACCUCUCGUCUUCCAUGUUUGGUACGACAAGAGAGGCCUCUUGAAAGAAGAACGCACUCGUGCCAGUGGUGCAUCAAUAGCCAGCGCUGUCUCUUCUCUCGCAGGUGGAUACUCUACCCAAAGUCCGGUCUUCCGCCGCCUCUAUUCCCCUCGUCUUUAUUUCUAUUUCAUUUCAUCCUUUCUCCUGCCAAAGGGAAGCAAGUCAUAUAUAAGCAAGUGAUUCAAUAUACACCUUCACUUUUC